AUGACAAACACGUACGUGGUUUGUCUAAUAGCACUUUGUUGUGCGAGUUUGUCCUUAGCGGUACCGAAAGAAUGCCAUCAGGGCCCUUCGGUAUGGUGCAGCAGUAUAAAGCAAGGGUCGCAGUGCGGAGCCGUGGGACACUGCAUAGCUACACUCUGGGACAAACGAAAUGACACAGUUGCCUUAAAUGGAAUGUCCAUGAAGGUCGUCCGAUUCUUCAGGCAGAUGAAGGAUAUUAGGGAGCUAAUUAACGAGGAUUACCUUGCAACUCGUCUCACCUCAUUAUGCGAAGAUAUCGCCCACGUGGACAUCGCCCGUAUCUGUACGGACAACACGCACGGUCUCCACAAAUACAUCAACCAUGUACUGCAGUCGGAGACGACGCCGGAGACCAUGUGUACUCUCAUCAAUAUGUGCAAUAAUGACAAAAUUGAGGACAUUCUGAUGGGAAAGGUGCAUAAAUUGGAAGCGCCGGACAGAAAAGAAAUAUUGGUGGGCGGUCAACGCUGCACAUGGGGACCUUCUUAUUGGUGUAGCAACUUCAGCACUGGGCGAGAAUGCAAGGCAACACACCAUUGUGUAGAACGAGUAUGGUCCAAGAUGGAGUUCCCUGUAGAUGACGACAAUAUUUGCAAAAUCUGUACCGACAUGGUGCAACAGGCGCGCGAUCAGCUUCAGAGCAAUGAGACACAGGAAGAACUUAAAGAGGUGUUCGAGGGUUCUUGCAAGCUCAUUCCAAUCAAGCUCGUCGCAAAGGAAUGUAUCAAGCUGGCAGAUGACUUUGUGCCUGAGUUGGUGGAGACCCUGGCUUCGCAGAUGAAUCCGAUGGCUGUGUGCUCUGUUGCAGGAAUGUGUAACAAUGCUAAAAUAGAUCGCUUAUUGGAAGAUUAUAACACGCAGUUGAAACUCCGUGUAGAGUGUAAUAAUUGCCAAAAUAUUGUCGGUGGGCUGAGGAUGAAGUUUGAAACCACUAGCGAUGAAGACUUCUUGGUUGGAAUGUUAAAGGUAUGCCGGCAACUGGGCUCGUUCUCUGACUCGUGCUCGAUGUUGGUGUUCAAGUACUACGAGAACAUUAGCGCGGCGCUACAAAAGGACUUGGAACCGACCAGCUUAUGCCACGUGAGCGGGCAGUGCGCCUACAGAUACCACUCGCACGACGAUUACACCUUCCCUAUGGACGUCAUUGGAUACAAAGAUACUAACGAUGUUCCUUGCGAAUUGUGUGAACAGCUGGUGACACAUUUGCGUGACGUGAUGAUUGCAAACACCACUGAGCUCGAGUUUUACAAAGUAUUGAAAGGUCUCUGCAAACAAACCGGCAAAUUUAAAGAUGAAUGUCUCCACUUAGCCGAGCAGUACUAUGCACUCAUCUACAAAUACUUGGUCGAUGACUUAAAGCCGAACGUGAUUUGUUCGCUGAUGGGUGUUUGUGGCAACAACACCGAGGUCCCUGUCGCGCCGCUGGUCGACAGAGAACUGGCCGUUAAAGUUUUGGCGAAUAAACCCAAACUGAUCGGUAUUUAUGAGGCUAACAGUUAUAAGACCGACAAACUGGCCCGAGUUCCGAUUGCAAACAAGGAGACCAAUGUUAAGGUGAUUUCGGACGCGAACCCUGGCCCAUUACCAAUCGAACGUAUGUUUGUAUCCGUCCCGCAAGUCAACGGGAAGGCCGCCUGCUCUUUUUGCCAAUACUUCCUGCAUUAUCUGCAAGUCGAGAUCAGCGAUACCAGGGUUGAGGACCAAAUUAUAGCGUCGGUGAACCACGCGUGCGAGCGCCUGCCCAAGUCCGUGGAGGCGGAGUGCGAGCAGUUCGUGUCGCAGUACGGACCCGCCGUCAUCGCACUGCUCGUGCAAGAUAUCGACCCCGCCAGUGUGUGCCCAGCCCUCGGCAUCUGCCCACAAAUUGAAGAAGUCCGUCUCGUAGAAGAGAACACUAAACAAUCGAACUGUCCGCUUUGCCUGUUCGCCGUCGAACAGCUCGAGACUACGCUGAAGAAUAACCGUAGCGAGGAAAGAAUUCGUGAAGCUCUCGACAACUUGUGCACACACCUCUCUGUUAAACUGCGUAGCCAGUGUAUAAACUUCGUGGACACGUACACGCAGCAACUCAUCGAAAUGCUCGUCGCCGAUAUGGACGCUCAGGAGAUUUGCGUGUUCCUGAAACUUUGCUCCACUGAAGUCAAGCAUCCGUUCGCGGUCACUCAAGAUCCGAUCGAUAAGUACCACGACAAACCCUCCCUGAGGGGAGACUGGAACAACUUUAGGAAAAAAUCUCUGCUGCCCACUUCAAUGUUGGUGCAAGAAAAACAGGAUAUUGAAACGAACGAGAUCUUCGACAACACGGCGAACGGUCGCGAGGUGCGGCCCCCCCUCCCCUCGGCCUCCACCUUGUGCGUCGUGUGCGAGUUCGUGCUCAAGGAGAUCGACAACCAGCUCAAGGACAAACAUAACGAGGACGAGAUCAAAAGAGUGGUCCAUGGUGUUUGCAAGUUUAUGCCGAAAUCGAUUCACACCCAAUGCGAUCAGUUCAUCGAUCAGUACGCCGACAUUGUCAUAAAUCUGCUCAUUCAAGAGCUUAGUCCUAAACAGGUCUGCACCGAGAUAAAGCUCUGUCCACAAAACUCUGACAGGAAAUUUGAAGAGGUUAAAGAAAGCAUCUUGGACUGCGCCGUGUGCGAAACUGUGGUGAUGGCGGUGCGUAAAGUGCUCAGCAACGAGAAGGUCGAUCGAAACAUUGUGCACAUUAUCGAGAAGUCUUGUAACCUGCUACCUGCCAAGUACGACGCCAGGUGUCACACGAUGUUGGAGAUCUAUGGCGACAGCAUAAUCCACCUCAUUGAAGAGUUUGGCACCAAGGGCGUGUCGGGUCUAAGAAAUGCCACGGUGGCAAGCAAGCCGUAA